UAGAGGGUCACCUGUCGCAGAGCCUCUGGGCGUGGCGGGCCCCAGAACCUUGCUCCGGAAUCCCGGGUCUGGCUGGGGAGAGCCAAGCGUCUUGUCAGAGCCCACUUAGAGUCAGGAUCCUCCUGGGCCUUCUGCUUGGAGGGCUCGGAGCGGGACUGAGACAGUUGCCCCUCACUUGCGGGACCCCGCACUUGGAGGAGAGGGCGCGCAUCUUCUGGGAGAUCCCGAAACAUCGCCUCUACAAAUUACAGUGCCACGGAAGAUUGAGACAAAUACCAGUGAUGGUGAAGUUUCAGAAACACAUGUCACUUAUGCCAUCAAAAUUGGCCAGAAAAUGUACACUCUCCAUCUUGAAAAACAGUCAUUUUUAGACCCUCAUUUCCUGGUGUAUGCAUACAACAAAUCAGGAACAUUGUAUCCAGAUUCUUCAUUUAUAAAGGGCCAUUGCCUUUAUCAAGGAUAUGCCACAGAAGUUCCAAAAUCAGUUGUGACACUUAGCACUUGUUCUGGACUCAGGGGAUUAUUCCUGUUGCAGAAUGUCAGUUAUGGCAUUGAGCCAUUGGAAUCUGCAGCUGCAUAUGAGCAUAUGCUUUAUCAAAUAAAGAAUAAUAAAAUUGAUUUUUCCCCUGUACAAGAAAAUUAUCCUACAACCCAACUGGUAGAUCAGUCCUUCAGGAUUCUUGUGAAAUCGGAAGAAAAGUCAGAUGUUGCACUAUUGAAAAGAGUUCUGAAAAUACAAAUUGUUAUGGAUAAAGCCUUGUAUAAUUAUAUGGGCUCUGAAGUGGCAGUUGCAGCUGAGAAAGUUGUCCAUAUCUUUGGUCUAAUCAACACUAUGUUUUCCCAGCUCAACAUAACUAUUAUACUAACUUCUUUGGAGCUCUGGUCAGAUCAAAAUAAGAUUUCACUUAGCGGGGAUGCUAAUGAAGUACUACAAAGAUUUGUGUCAUGGAAAGAAAAAUUUUUGUUUCAAAGGUCCCAUGAUAUGGCAUACUUAUUAAUUUAUAGGGACCAUCUUAAUUAUGUGGGAGCAACAUAUCAUGGAAUGGCAUGCAAUCCAAAGUUUGCUGCAGGAAUUGCUCUGUAUCCACAGAUGAUAACUUUAGAUGCAUUUUCAGUUGUUAUGGUACAGUUGCUUGGAAUUAAUCUCGGAUUAACAUACGAUGAUAUCUACAAUUGUUACUGUCCAGGAACUACAUGCAUAAUGAAUUCUGAAGCAAUACGUUCCCAUGGUGUAAAGUUUUUUAGCAGUUGCAGCAUGGAUGAAUUUAAACGUAUGGUUUCACAGCCUGACUUUGAAUGUCUUCGGAAUCAAACAGUUUCAGAAGUGGUUUACCAAGGAAGAACUGCAGCAGCUUGUGGCAAUGGAAUUUUGGAACCUCCUGAACAAUGUGACUGCGGCCUUGCAGAGGAAUGCAGUCAUAAAAAAUGUUGUAAUCCUAAUGAUUGUACUCUGAUUGGAUAUGCAGAGUGUGGCAAUGGACCAUGCUGUGAUAGAAAAACUUGUCUGAUAGCUGAAAGAGGACGUUUAUGUAGGAAAAUGACAGAUCCAUGUGAUUUUCCAGAAUUUUGCAAUGGAUCAUCUGUAUUUUGUGUACCUGAUGUGAAAUCUGCUGAUUUAGAACCAUGCAAUAAUAAGACUGCCUAUUGCUUUAAUGGAAUAUGCCAAGAUCCGGAUAUACAGUGUGAAAAAUUAUUUGGAAAAUUUGCUAAAGUUUCUACUUAUCUAUGUUCACAAGAAGUGAAUUUUCAAGGAGAUAAUUUUGGAAACUGUGGAAAAACGGGUUGUAAGUUUGGAAGUAUCCUUUGUGGAAAGAUAGUUUGUCACUGGACACAUUCAGAAAUAGUAAAAAUAACAAAUUAUGAUGUUCAAUAUACUUACCUUGGAGGCCAUAUCUGUUUGUCAGCGUUUUUAAGAAAUGAAACAGCUUCAGGUGUGGAUAUUACCCAAAUGAACAAUGGCACUAUGUGUGGAGUAAAUAAGUAUUGUUUUCUUGGAAUCUGCCGAGAAGCCAGUGACUACCCAAAUAGACCAAAUUGUCAGUCAGAAAAAAAUUGCAGUGGACAUGGGGUUUGCAAUAAUUUGCUUAAUUGUCACUGUGAUGUUGGAUAUUCUCCUCCAAACUGUGAACCAACACCAUCAUCACCAGGAGGAAGUUAUGAUGAUGGGUUUUGGUAUCCAGAGACUAAAGGUGAAAGCUUACUUAGAAAACGAUAUGCUGCUCCUCAAAAAAAUGGCCUCUUGAUCAGUUUCUACAUUUUUCUACCCAUCCUUAUUUUAACUGCCAUCAUUGCUCUUAAAUGGAAUAAAAUAGGAUUUUGGAACAGAGAGGGAACAGUAAGUGGAGAAUCUGUAUCAGAAGACAGCAGUAGUAACAGCAACCAGUCAUCAAGCAGUGACUAAAUGAUGUCAAAAAGCCAUAGGUUGGAGAGACUAUUACCAAGACACUCACCAUUAACUGACCUGAUUCAAGAAUGGAAAAAAAACAAAAACUGCUAUUCUCUCCUUUUGUUAUGGUUUAAAGCUUUCAAUUUCAUAAACAAAAAUAAAUCCUGAGAGCGAAAUAUAUAG